AUGGGCGGACUCUUCUCGCGACCAGUGGGCGACGGUGAACUGCGUACGCCGCUCUGCCCCGUCCCCCGCCUCGCUCUCUCUUGCCUGCCUUGCCGCUCUCUGUCCCCACGUGACUCCACCCUCGUUUCCGUGCCGCCAUCAUUCGCCUCUCACUUGCGACGGCUCGCCGUGACCACCCAUCGCGCUCUCACCAGCGAAAGCACCGACACAGACCGUGCACGCUAUCCCGUGUACCCGACGGUGCGGGCGGUGGGAGAGGGGGAGCGCGGGCGGGGCUGGGUGCGCGAGUACGCGUUCGAGGACGCGCUGCACGCCACAGAGGGCUUCAAGGCGCUCGCGGGGCGCGGCCCGUUCGGGUUCGUGUACAAGGGCUUCAUGUGGGCGCACGCCGCGCGCGCGGAGGGGGACGGCGCAGAGGGGGAAGGCGCAGAGGGCGCGGGCGCGCGCGCGCUGAUCCCGGUGGCGGUGAAGGUGCUGAACGGCGACCCCGUCACGGGCGUGGGGGGGCUGGCGACCUUCGCGCACGAGUGCGCGCUGGUGGAGGAGGAGGGGCGGCACGCCAGCCUGCUGCGCGUGCACGGGUACGUGGCGCAGCGGCCGCCCAUCAUCAUCUGUGACUUCAUUGAAGGCGGCACUGUGGAGCAACUCAUGGCACGAGGUGCGUGGAGCAGCUCAUGGCCCGAGGUGCGUGGAGCAGCUCAUGGCCCGAGGUGCGUGGAGCAGCUCAUGGCCCGAGUGGCGCGGGGAGAGGUGCAGUUCGGGUGGAGGGAGAGAGUGCAGAUGGCAUUCACGUGUGCGGACGUGUUGGCUCAGCUGCACCGCCUCAACCUCGUGCACCGCAACUUCAAAGCCUCCAACGUCCUCCUGCAACCCGACGGCACGCCAGUGGUGGCGGACUAUGGGUUGGCGCGGGUGGUGGCGGAUUGGAAGAUGCACGUGCAGAUGAGGGGCGCCUCCUCCAUGUCCUACAUCGACCCCGCCUACUUCGACUCCGGCACGUUGACGCGUCUAUCAGACACGUACGCGUUCGGCAUCUUCCUGCUCGAGCUCGUGUCGGGGGCAUCAGCGCAGGGCCCGCGCUUCAAGGCCGUGCGCAAGGCCGUGGCCGUGGCGCGCGAGGCGGACCCCGCGCAGGUGCUGGACCCGGCGCUGGCGGGGCAGUGGCAGCCCGCUGCCAGCGCCAUCGUGCUGGCGACCAUCCGCUCCGCCAUCCUGUACGAGCGCGACAACCGCCCCGACAUGGCCAUUGUCAGGGACCAGCUGCGGCGCGUGCUCGAUAUGAUAUGA